AUGACGGCAGUUUCUUCUUCUUCUCAGUCACCGCCGCAUAUUCCAUUGGAUUUGGUAUCAGAAAUACUGUGUAGACUUCCUGUGAAACACCUCCUUCAACUCUGUUGCGUCUGCAAAUCAUGGAAUUCUCUUAUCUCUCUUGAUUCCAAUUUCGCAAGGAAGCAACUCAGUCUGUCAACUCCCAACAAAGACCGCCACCACCUCAUCCAAUCCUCUACUAAAUAUUAUCGUGAGUUCCUUCUAAGUCACUCCACAAUCUCCUCUUUUUUCACCAAUGAUCCCAUUGUUACGGUCAAUCAGUUUAGGCACACUCUAAAAAGGGUUCUUGGUCUGCACAUUUCCACUUGUGACGGCAUCCUCUGUUUUGCGAUAAAGGGAUCUCAAGCUGUUUUGUAUAAUCCUUUCACUAGAAAAUCCAACAAAUUGCCUCCUUUGAAAGCUCCGAAUUCAAGGGAUUUUCAAAACUUAUAUACCUUAGUGUAUGAUAGUAUCACUGGUAAUUAUAAGAUUAUUGCUGUUACUUUUGGUAAUAGCAAAAUCCAAGUUAACAUUCACACUUUGGGUACUCGUUAUUGGAGAAGAAUUCAAGAUUUUCCAUGUUCUCUUCUCAUUUCUACACCUGGAAUAUUUGUGAAUGAUACUGUUAAUUGGUUUGCAUAUGAUUCUAAUUCAGCUAAAGUUAUCGUUUCUCUUGAUUUAAAGAAGGAGUCGUAUCAAAAGUUUUCACUCCCUUUUUCCCAUUUUGAAUUUUUCAUUAACUUGGGGACAUUGAAAGGUUGUUUGUCCAUCCUUUCUCAACAUGAAAAUUUUCAAUUAUUUUAUGUUUGGAUCAUGAAGGAAUAUCGAAAUGAAAAAUCUUGGACUAAAUUGUUUACUAUUCCUUCUCAUCCAGAAAGAUGUGGUCUUUACGACGGCUAUUCAAAGGUAUUAUAUAUUUCCGAAAAUAAUCAAUUGUUGAUGGAGUUCGAGAAACGUGGUUUGGUUGUCUAUGAUUCUACAAAUAAAAAUUUCAGUAUUCCUAAAAUGCAAAAUAAUAUCCAUGAUGACGAGGAGGUGGCACCACUUUUUUGUGUUGAGAGUUUGAUAUCUCCUUUCUAG